UCAUACCGAGUAAAACUGUACUCAAUUUAACUUCUUUUCCAAGGAAGCAUCUUCACUUUGUGAGUUGUUCCAUUGACGAUGUCUUCUUUCAGGUUUACAGCUCUUAUGAUUGCUCUGCUUGUUGCCAUGUCAGCUUGUGUAUCUGAGAGCCGGGUUGCGAGAAAAGACCUUGGACUGGACCUUGGAGGUAUCGGACUUGGGGUUGGAGCUGGGAUAGGGAUUGGCUUGGGAGGAGGAGGUGGUUCAGGAUCAGGAGCUGGGGCUGGUUCUGGUUCUGGUUCUGGUUCGGGAUCGUGGGGUUCAAGUUCAAGCUCUUCAUCAAGUUCAGCCUCUUCAUCCAGUUCAUCUGGUGGGUCCUAUGCAGGUUCUGAAGCUGGUUCAUGAGCUGGGUCAGGCCGAGGCCGAGGUAGAGGCAAUGGCAACUAAAAACGAAUGAUUGGAAUCAAAUAAUAAAGGAUGAAACUGAUCAGCACCUUGCAUGCAUGAACAAGUGUGGUGAUGAAUAAGUAGUAGUUUUCUGUUAUUCAUAUGUAAUAUAUAUAUAUAUAUAUAUAUAUAUAAUAAAGCGGUAUUAUUCUCUAAAAUAACUAUUGU